AUGGCAUCGAGUUACCUUCCUUGUCAAGGUUCUGACUCCUCAUGGACGCCCAAGCAAAACAAGCUGUUUGAGAGGGCACUGGCCGUCUAUGACAAGGACACCCCUGACCGCUGGCAGAACGUGGCACGGUCUGUGGGUGGUAAAUCCGCUGAAGAAGUGAAGAGGCACUAUGAUCGUCUGGUGGCGGAUCUCAUGUACAUAGAAUCUGGUCAAGCUCCCCUUCCGAAUUACAGGAACCCUGUGAGCAAUGGUAGCAGAGGUUAUCCAGAUGAACAGAGGCUUUUGAAGAAUCUAAAGCUCCAAUGA